UCGUUUGCAGUUAUAGUUGUUCGUAGACUGAAUGAUAUAUAGUAUGAUGGGUUUCCAUUAAAAUUUUUAGUAUGAAAUAAGUGUGCCAAGUUAAGUUUUUUAUAUUGAAAACAAAGUACAGUAAGCUACGAGAUGCCUCCGUUGUUUGUUCGCUAUUUAAAAUACGUUGUUGCAACGUUUUUAAUAAAAGGUGCAGUGUGUUGCGAUGAAGAGUAUAGGCUGGUGCGUCACCUCAUGACGAGGUACGAUGCCUCCGUCAGACCCGUGGAGAACUCCUCACAACCCCUCCUCGUCACGUUUGGAGUGUCACUGCAUCAUAUUAUAGAUGUGGAAGAAAAAGACCAGCUCCUCACGACAAAUUGUUGGAUCACACAGAUCUGGACAGACUAUCACCUGAGGUGGAACACCAGUGACUUUGACGGCAUCGGAGUCAUCAGAAUACCGUAUGAAAGGGUCUGGAGACCCGACAUCAUACUUUAUAACAAUGCGGACCCAAACUACCGGUCAGCGGUGAUCAACACCAACGUGAUAGUGAAACACACGGGAGAAGUCACGUGGCUGAGCCAUGGGAUCUACGUCUCUGUGUGUGACAUCAACGUCGAGCAGUUCCCCUUCGAUGUCCAGCUGUGUACCAUGAAGUGGGCGUCUUGGACUUACGAUGGGUUUCAGCUGGACUUAAAGAAACAAUUUGACGAAGGCGACACAACGAAUUACCAGACCAACGGGGAAUUUGACCUGGUGAGCUUCGAGGCUAUCCGACAUGACCAAUACUACUCCUGCUGUGUGGAACCCUACCCUGACAUCACAUACAUCAUCAAGUUGAGGAGAAGACCCAUGUUCUACGUGUUCAAUCUUAUUCUUCCUUGCCUCCUCAUCAAUGGAAUUGCACUUCUAGUGUUCUACGUGCCGUCGGAGUCAGGUGAAAAGGUGACCCUGGGCAUAAGUGCACUCCUAUCUAUGACCGUCUUCUUGAUGACUAUAAGGGACACAUUGCCGCCUACAGAGAAAACCCCACUUAUUAGUUUGUAUUAUGGAGUUAGUACGUGUUUAGUGUCAUUCUCGGCUUCCCUAUCAGUCGUCACGCUCAAUAUAUCUUACAGAGGAGUGAGAGGGCAGCCGGUGCCGGCGGUGCUGCGCGAGCUGGUGCUGCAGCGGCUCGCGCGCCUGCUCUUCAUCAACCUUGACACUGACGGUGCAAAGGGUGACGGCGGCACGGUGACAUCAGCUGGGAUGCAGGUGAACCCGCGCACUGGCUCCAGGCUCAAGGCGGAGGUGCGCUGCGAUGGAGCCCCACUCACACCCGCAUCACCGCGCUUCGCACGCCACAACCACAACCAUUUAGGUGGAACACAAGCAAAUAUGGCGCCUAUACCGACAGGUGGGACGGGCGGGGGUGCAGCGAACACGCCAGUAGAGACGGGCUGCGCGAACGCAUGUCCACGGUGCGCGUGUUGCGGUUGCACGUUGCGCGAGGCGGCGGCGCGCCACGAACAGCGAGUCGCUGCCAACGAACGAUUGGAACGUGCUAAUUUGGAGUGGAAACAGGUGGCAGUAGUAGCGGACAGAGCGCUCCUAGCAGUCUUCGUGCUCGUCACAGCAAUAUCCACAGCGGCCAUCUUGUUACCACAGCUGAACAACCUACACGUCGGCAACACGCCUCUCAAACCCCCCAUUUAGAGGCACUAUAGGAAACUAGGGUACAUGGAAAUAAAGUCUUUUGUCAACGAAUGUGUUAAAUGAAAUGUGCCAAACUUCAAUUGAGUCACGCACUGCUGUAGAUGAUAAAAUGUAAGUGAUUUAUAAAGGUUAUGUACCACACUGGUGGUUGUAAGGCCAAGGGAAAUAAGUAAACAUUGGUAAGUAAAUAGGGUUUAUUUUUUCAUUUGGUCGCUGAUGCGGAUAAGGGUGUCAAAUAAGAAUGUGAGUAAUAAAAUAAGUGAUAUUGACAACCCUAUUGUUAUAGGCGAUUGAUUGUCAUAGAGCUGAGUAAAUAGGUACUCUACUCGAUAUCUGUUACUAUUUCUUUUGAAGAUUUACGAAGGAAAUUACAUAAGGGAUAAUAUAUCUGUAGGUAACGGACCCUUACUGUUCCACUUUUAUUGUUGCUAAGAAUAAACCUUCAACUUUUUGCGUAGUUACUUUGAACCAAAUUUUUAGUACCUUCAAAGGUAACAUAUGUAAGUGUUUUUGAGACAAAAAUUGUUUUGGAACAAAUUAUUAUUCUUGUUGAAAAAUUAAAUAAAGUCAUUUAUAUUAAACUGAAGACAGCUGUUAGAGAAUCAGUAUUCAUUAUUUGGGAAUGCAAAUUACUUAAGUUAAAGUACAUUAAGCAAAAUAAUUUGGUAUGUAGCGCAUGAUUAUACUAGCAUUGUUGUACUAGGUAAACUAGGCUUCAAUAUUAAUUUACUUACCUGUGUACUAAAAGGUUUUGCAGACUACCCCUAUUUUGAAACCUAGAUUAUUCCAUUAGUUAAGGGGUCUUGUUGUUUCUCAUACCUAGAAGAAAGCCAGUGUCGGAAAGAGGUAAGGCUAAACAAAGGCUUUUCAAUACAAGACGCACGUUAUAAGCGAUGAAAAUAAAUUACAAAUGUUCGUCAAUUUAAAACAUUUCAAAUGUCUU